CAAUCUUGUUGCAUCGCCAGCUUGCAUCUUUUCCUACAUACCUGUCCUAGUAUAGAUCCAGGCCACACUCACGGCCAGAUACUCCUUUUCUCUCCCUCUCUCUCUCUCUGUCUCCCUCUCUCUCUUCCUCGCAACGUCCACCCCCUUUCACCUAUUUGCCCUCCUAUUUCCGACGUUUCCCUAGGUACCUACGAGUUACCCAUCAUACGCUUCUCGACUUCUAAGUGCGGUAUCGUAUCCCAAGACUCGAGUCCUCCGGUCCGUUGCUUCAUCAUCCAACCACCACCCGCCAUCUAGCCAGCCAUCUCGUCCCGCCUGCGCCCGUCUGUUCCUCCUUACCCUUCUCGUCGUCGCUCGCUUCCAACCACCACGGGUGGUACUUUGUUCCCUUGUUCUCUGACGCCUCCUUUCGCUCAUCUCCCGCGACAAGCCACCCUCCUCCAGUUCCAUCUGGUCAUCUGCACCCAACGCCGAGAGAUCUGCAUCACUUCCCUGUCUGCCUUGGCCUUGUGUCACCCAAACCACGUCUCUCACGACAACUUUGCUCCAACUACAACCAGCUGACGCCUGCGCUGCCGCUUCUGCUUCAUCUCAUUCUUCUUCCUUGCUUGCUAAGAUACGCUUCUUUUACGGCUAUUUCCUUUGAUCAACGCCCGUGCCUCUUGCUCGCAUCCUCGACAUACCCGGCGGCAUCCAGUCUCGCUCGUUCUUCUCCGCACCGCCACACAUUACCCGGCGCCUUUACCCCUCCAAGUCCGCCGCCCUCGCGACCAUACGAUACGAUACACCGCGCGCGCAUGCUCUGACCGCUCUCAACCAUCCGCUCCCGCAGAGGCACAUGUCAGGAGUCCGCUGCUGCACCACCGGGCUCUCAGGUUGUGAUGCGAAACGCACGGCACCACCGCUGCCUCUCGUCCACCGCCUCCUCCUCUCCUCGACUUCCCAUCUAGCCCUGACCACGACCAUUUUUACCUUGCUGUCGCCUCGAAUUAUUCUACGCCAUCAUGAACGACGUCCUUCUAAACUCCGUCCACCCUCUCCCCGCCAUUCGCGUUAAGCCUUCGUCCAGCGUGCCUGCGGGCUCGCUCAAGCUCGGCCGCUCCUCGUCCACCAAGAAGCAUCAACCACAACAGCCACAACCACCUCUCAAUGCCGCUCUCGACUCUAUAUCCCGUGUCAUCAAAGGCGCCAAUAGUCUCGUCCUGUCACUGCGCGAUGGAUUGUCCGAUUUGGAACGGGAGAAUAGGAGAAAGAAGGAGGAACGGAGGCUGGUCCUCUCCGUUCGCAUGAAGAAUGCCCAGACCAGGAAACAGUGGCAGGAUGCCGCCGAAGAACUCGACAUCCUCGAAGAGAACGACCUGUGGAAACUGGACCCCUACACUGGAGACUACAACGCCCCCCUGAUCGAGGCCCGGUUGAAAGAGCUAGACGAUGCGCGCAUAAACUGCGAUACUCGUGCCAUGAUGCACCUCGUACGGACCGCCCUCUGUCGAGAUCUCGGCGGCAUGGGAAACGUCGACUUGUACAGGCACUCCUACGUUGGAACCAAGAACCUUAUCGAAAGAUACGUCGACUCGGCCAUGCAAACCAUCGACGCCCUGGUCGAAAAGAGCCAGUUUGCGCUUCCCGAUGGUAUGGGGCAGAGGGACAUUCUCGAGAGCGUCUUGUACGCUCGACAGAGCUUUGGCAGAAGCGCCCUGUUGCUGAGCGGAGGCGCAACGUUGGGUAUGUCCCAUAUUGGCGUCCUUAAGGCGCUUUUCGAGGUCAAGCUGCUGCCGCGCAUCAUAUCAGGUGCCUCAGCAGGCUCCAUCGUAUCGGCCGUCAUUUGCACGAGGACAGACGAGGAGAUCCCCCGUCUCGUAAAGGAGUUCCCCUACGGUGACCUUGCCGUCUUCGAUGCCGAAGAAAACCCGGACGGCGUGUUCGAUCACAUGCGGAGACUGCUCACAGAGGGAAGCUGGUCCGACAUAAAACACCUGACCCGCGUCAUGCGUGGCCUGGUAGGAGACCUCACUUUCCAGGAGGCAUACAACCGAACACGGCGGGUGCUCAACAUCUGCGUAUCGACAGAGUCCAUAUAUGAGCUGCCACGCCUACUCAACUAUAUCACGGCGCCUAACGUCAUGAUCUGGUCUGCCGUGGCUGCAUCAUGCUCUGUUCCGUUGGUCUUCAGCGCUGCCCCCUUGCUGGUCAAGAACCCCGACACCGGCGAGCAUAUGCCCUGGAACCCGACACCGCAGCGAUGGAUCGAUGGUUCCGUUGACAAUGACCUGCCCAUGACGAGGCUUGCAGAGAUGUUCAACGUCAACCACUUCAUCGUCUCUCAGGUGAACCCUCACGUUGUUCCGUUCCUGGCCCGCGAUGACCAGCUGGAUCCUGACGAGACGUCGCCACGUCGAUCGAGUCUGUCGCCCAGUAAGCAGGAUCUCGAUUGGAUUUAUACCCUCACAACUCUUGCGAAAGAGGAGGCUCUACACAGGCUGCACUUCCUGGCUGAGAUUGGCGUCUUCCCCAAUCUCGUCACGAAGCUUAGGAGUAUCCUCAGCCAGAAGUACUCGGGUGACAUCAACAUCCUUCCCGAAGUCAAUGUGCACGACAUUCCGAAGAUCCUAAGCAACCCCAGCCCCGAAUUUAUGCUGCGGGCCUGUCUGAUGGGCGAGCGAGCAACGUGGCCGAAGCUCAGCCGGAUUCGCGACCGUUGUGCUAUCGAACUCGCACUGGACCGUGCCGUGCAUCGCCUGCGUGCCCGCGUCGUCUUUUCCGAUAGCCAGGUUGACUUGCGGAGGCUGACUACGGGCAUCGUCCUUCCACCGCCCUGGCCCAAAUCAUCUGCGGCCGCCAAGCAAAUAUCUUCCUGUUCUCCGGCCCUGACCCUGGAUACCGAAGUCGUCAAGAACAGACAGCGCAGGUCUUCAGGUAGCAGUGUGCAACUCAUGGCACACCACCGACGCCUGAUGGAAAAUGUACUCACAGACGAAGAAACAGAAGAGGAAGAGCGCUUGGAGAUGCGCGCGAGACAUGGUCAUGGGAGCGCCUCGCUUGUCGUCGUCCGCAAGCCCCGUCUCAAGAGAGCGGCAAAGAGCCACUAUAACGUUUCCCUGGCUAGAGGACCGAUGACCAGCCCGAUAAACCCGGCGCAGCUCGAGGCCGUCGAAUUUGACUUUGGGAAGCCCGUGACACCGCCAUUGCACCGUUCACGCGACUCGGAAGGUUCGCUGUCUCAUGAUAGAAGACCCAGCCACUUGGACAUGACACCAGCGAAAGAAAUAGAGGUCACGGCGCCAGGGUCGAGGGGCGAAGCGACGUCGCAUACGGACGAAAUGGAGACGUCGGAUUUGCAUUCUUCCGAUGGGGAUGUGGAAUCGCAUACUGAGGACACCAUGUCUGACCCUGACCCCUAUGAGCGGAAUUGGCUUCACGACGGGACGAAUGAGCUGGAGACGACCCCCAAGAACGACAAGGAGUUGCUCGAGGUGAGCAGCCAUGAGCUUUUGCCCGUGGGCGAAUCGUUGAGCGGACUUUGGGAUUGACUCGU